UGAUGCUAAACGUAAUUCUACUAAACUGAACAAACAGUUUAUGACAUCUUCAGCGCAAUAUUCAUCAUUCUCAGUCAAAGUUUAAACGGGUUUAAAACAUAUAAAAAACAUUUUAUUCCUUUCGAUUUUAUUGAGAGACUUUCUAUUUAAUUACACCUUAGUACGUAAAUAUGUUUGUUAUAAUGUUUCGUGUUAAAUGAUACGUUUAUGACCUAAUUUUUAUGUUUGCCUUUAAAUAGCAUUAUUAAUAAAAUACGACAAUAGUUAAUAAAAUGUGUUGUGUGAGACGAAAAUAAAAACCGAACAACAUCUAGAUAUAAAACUAAAUAAAUAAAUUAAAAUUUUACUAGAAAUAAAUCCCGGGUAUUCGUCUAAAACCUGGACCGACUGGAAAUUUUCUCGUAAAAUUUUCUUUAGAUUUAAAUAUCUAGCAGUAAAAUGCUUAAAACUUCUAAAUAUAAUAACAUCUAAAUUAAAUUAAACAACACAAGUACUGCAAAAUUAUUUCAUCCAAGAAGCUCAAUGCCGCUGACAUUCUAUUUCCUUGUUAUGUGACUUGCAAUUUUGUUAUUCCAGUACCGGUUUAAUAGCAAACGUACUUAUUAUAGCGAGUAAUUAAAUAUGAUUGAAUUAAAACAUACCCAAUACUUAAAUAUUAAUACAAAAAGCUCAAGUUUCAACGAAACCGAAAGCAAAAAGGAAACAUCUAUACACCAUACGUAUUAAACAAAUUUUAAUGCUUGUAGAUACUUUUGUGACAAAAUGUCAAAACACUAAAGCUAUUUAUAAUGUGGAAAAAUAGGAUAACUGAUUUAAAUUAUAUUUUUAUCUAAUCUUUUGCAAAGCUUACAGUACCCUAAAAGUUCACUAUCAAGGGGCUUCCGUUGGUUAAAGUUAUGGACACGUAUAACGUAUAAAAGCCAACUCAACUCGUAGGUCUCUCCUCGCCGCUCGCACCGCCUGACACACGGGCGCCACUCAGAUCGUUGAAUCUAAAAACUCAGUUGAUUGUUGCGAAUUCCGCGCUUUAGUCGCAUCCCACAUUGGCAUGAUAUCAAAAAGUUUCAAUUAUAAAACAGUAAAAAUGUUUAUUUUAUUUGUGUUCGCGCUCGUUAGUGAUGUCACGUCGGAACCGUGCAGUAUCAACACUGGCAUAGACUUGAGUGAUGCCGAAUUGUCAGCGGAUAACUCCUUCGUGAAAUUCGGAGUGCGUUUCCCUCCAAAAUAUGUUUUUCAAAGGAACAUCAGUGGUGAAGUGAGGCCGUUUGGAUGCAUUUGUGAAUUGAAAAAGUGUUUCCACAAGUGUUGUCCUCUCAAUACAGUGAUGUACAACAAAACUUGUACUAUGAUGCCCGGGGAGGAUAGGGUUGUGAACGGUAAUCUAACUUUGAAUUAUAUCGAUAGAUUGAAGAGGAGAUUAGAUGUUACUAAAGAUGAAUUCGCUCUUUUGUACGGAAGACCGUGCAGUGCCGUUUUUAUGGAAGUAGAGAAGUGGUAUUUGCAAGAGGAUGGUAGUUUGUACGUGGACACACCUAACAUGAUCCCUCCAUGGAUGGUCCGAGGCCCUGACACCUACUGCAUCGACACCUUCGUGUACGACAACCGUGAUGGCACCAGGAGCACCCGAAUGGACGCCCUUGUCUGUUUCGCUAGCAAGCAGGAAGAGCAUUAUUACUUGCUCACUAGCACUUGCAUGGUGAUCUCGUGCGUGUUCAUCCUGGUGACCUGCGCGGUAUACGCGUGGUUGCCGGAGCUGCGCAACUUGCACGGCAGGGUGUUGAUGGCCUACCUGCUGUGCCUGUGCGUCGGCUUCUCCCUCUUCGCCACCAUGCAGAUCCUGCUUUACGUCGACAACAUCUCAGCGACUACGUGCGUGGGACUGACUAUCGGUAUAUACUUCUCGCUGCUGUCAGCAUUCUUCUGGCUGAACGUGAUGUCUUUCGAUAUAUGGUGGACAUUCAGUGGAAAGCGAGGCCUAUCAUUGGAAAAGCUGUCGAUCAAGGGCCGGUUCUAUGCGUAUGCGCUGUACGCAUUCGGUAUCCCUACAGUGCUUACGAUCCUUCUGACUGCACUGGAGUUUUCGGGCUUACCGCCGCACCCGUGGCUCCCGAUGUUGAGGCACCAGGGAUGUUUCAUUUAUGGAACAAGUAAGCUGAUAUACUUCUAUGGGCCGAUCGUAAUUCUUUGCCUGGCCAACAUGGUGUUUUUCAUCUUAACCGCCGUCAAGAUAACUCAGAUCAAGCAACAGACUUCAGUUCUCAAGUCCAAAGAGAGUUCUAAGCACGACCAGCACAAGAAAGAUACACAAAGGCUGUUAUUAUACGUGAAGCUUUUUGCCGUGAUGGGUAUCAAUUGGAUCCUUGAAGUAAUCAGCGCUCUUUAUCCUGAAAUAUAUGGAAUAUGGCGAGUCACAGAUGCAUACAAUGUCCUCAUCGGCUUAAUUAUUUUCAUUAUCUUCGUAUGCAAAAAGAAAAUUUACUAUCUUAUAAAGAAAAGGAUUAAAGAAAAGUUCCAUCAUAAUAAGAGUGAUGGUGAUUUGAAAACUUUAAACACAAAUCGCACUAAGCCAUGGGUUAUAAAAAAACAUGAGCAAAGAGGUAGUAUUGAUACAGUAAAAAGUACUGUUUACGAGGAGCCCAAUAAUAGAGCUGCAACAACACAAGUCUGAUUAAAAAUUAAUAAGGAGCAUACCAUAUCUGGUUACGUAAAAUAGGAAGAAAAACCGAGAACUGAUGCUUUAAGAAAUGUGACGAAACUUUUCCCAAACACCAAAGACCAUAGUAUAACUUAAUUUAGUAAACUUUUGAAAUAAUAAGUCAGUGGGAGAAUAAAAUAGAAAAUGAUUAAUAUUGAAAUGAAAACUCACGCAGACAACUGCACUCACAUUAAAAGAUAUAAGCAGAUGCGAGGAGAGCCUAUAGCUUGGAACCAUCAGACCACAAUGUCGUCCCGAGUACUGUCCAGGGAAGAUACUCGAAUAGGUUCUAUAAAGUUACAAGCCAAGUGAAUACUCAAUUCAAAAACGUCAAGGAAAUCUAUUCAAUUUUCGCUAUUAUGUUUUUAUCAUCGAUUAAUAGUUGAAGGUUAUUUAAUAUACUUACUAAUUGCUAGGAACAUGCUAAAGGAACUUUAAUUUUCUUCAGUCAAUAUACAAUUAUGUUUAUCUACGGAAUAGAUAAAAAGUAUUUUUUUAUGAAAAGGCCAUCAGCCAAUUUUGUAUAUGAACCAAGUGGAAUGCCACUGUACUCCAAAAAAAUAAACUGAUCUUUUUUAUCUCUCUCAAAUCAGAGCUAUUAUAGCCUUAUUAGUAUAGAUAAUUCUGUAGGAACAUACUCACUUGACACCACGGAUUCCGCGGUGAGAUUUUAAAUGAGUAUUUUAAGCCCUGCAAUUCUGUAAGUACAUACUCACUUUUCGCCUUUUUCUUUUCCACUUUACACAAAUUUGUAUUUUAAUUACAAAUCAUAAUCAUAAGAAUGCACGGCUGGUUUGU